AUGGCUGAAACUGGGGAAAAAACGGAUAUAGCUUUUAGGAAUCUGGAAUCACGAUCUAAAUCAUCUGUCAUGAAAAGAUUGAUUUUUUGUUUCAAUAAAACAUAUAAACGUGAGAAACAAAUUGAUUCAGCAGUGGAAAAUUUAAUCAUAAAUAAAGAUACUGAAAUUGGUGAAAAGAAAAAUGAUACCAAUAAACAAGAAAUAGAAGGUGAAACAAAGAAAAAAUUAAAAAUACAUGAAAGAAUUCAAAAGAUACCAAGUAACCUUAAAGAUUUAGUCAUUGAUUCAUCUGAAAGUGGUUACUAUUAUUGGAUUGGAAUAGUUACAAUCACAGUACUUUACAAUGCAAUUGUUUUACCGAUGAGAUCUGCAUUUACUCAAUUUCAUGAAUUAAGUCCUAUCACUUGGAUGGUAUUAGACUAUUGUAUUGAUUGUGUCUAUUUUAUGGAUAUAUUUGUUGGAUUACGUACAGGUUACUUAGAAGAAGGUUUAUUAGUACGUGAUAAAGAGAAAUUAAAACAAGCUUAUAUUAAACGGCGACAAUUUAUUAUUGAUAUAAUGACAAUUUUACCAACUGAUUUAUUUUAUUUUAUACCAGUAUUAAAUCAUUAUGCUUCAUGGUUAAGAUUUAAUCGUUUAAUGAAAAUUUAUAGAUCAUUUGAAUUUGUUGAUAGAACUGAAACACGUACAAAUCGACCAAAUUUAUUUCGUAUUUCAAUGCUUACUACUUAUAUAUUAGUGUUAAUUCAUUGGAAUGCAUGUAUUUAUUUUGGAUUUAGUCGUGUUACUGGUUUAAGUUCAGAUUCAUUUGUCUAUCCACCACGUUCCAGUGAUGAUACAUCAGAUGAAUUUCAAAAUUAUACAGAACAAUGGGAUCGAUUAUUUUCUCAAUAUGUUUAUAGUUUCUAUUGGUCUACAUUAAUCUUAACAACAAUUGGAGAAACACCAAAACCAGUACGAAAUGCUGAAUAUAUUUUUAUCACUAUUGAUUUUCUUGUUGGGGUAUUAAUUUUUGCAACUGUUGUUGGUAAUGUUGGAGCAAUGAUAACAAAUAUGAAUGCAGCUAGAACAGAAUUUCAAAAUAAAAUGGAUGGUGUUAAAAGAUAUAUGGAAUUUCGUAAAGUUAACAAAGAAUUAGAACUUCGAGUAAUUCGAUGGUUUGAUUAUUUAUGGACUAAUAAACAAUCAUUAGAAGAGGAUAGUCUUAAUGCUUUACCAGAUAAAUUAAAAGCUGAAAUUGCUAUUCACGUUCAUUUUGAUACAUUAAAACGUGUUAGCAUAUUUAAAGAUUGUGAUCCUGGUCUUCUAGUGGAAUUAGUACUUAAACUUCAAUUACAAGUAUUUUCACCAGGUGAUUAUAUAUGUCGAAAAGGUGAUAUUGGCAAAGAAAUGUACAUAGUUAAACGUGGUAAAUUAAGUGUAGUAUCUGAAGAUGGUAAAACUGUAUUUGUUACACUUGGUGAAGGUUCUGUAUUCGGUGAAAUAUCUAUAUUAAAUAUAGCUGGCAAUAAAACAGGUAAUCGUAGAUCAGCAAAUGUACGAUCUGUUGGUUAUUCUGAUUUAUUCUGUCUUAGUAAAGAUGAUCUUUGGGAUGCAUUAACUGAAUAUCCAGAAACUAAAACAAUACUUAUGCAACGUGGUCAAGAUAUUUUACGUAAAGAUAAUUUAUUAGAUGAAGAUGUAUUACGUAAAGCACAAGAACAACAAGAAUCAAUUGAUCAAUGUGUUCAACGUAUUGAUGGUACAGUAAAUCAAUUAACAACACGUUUAGCUAGAUUAAUUGGUGAAUUUGGUGCUAGUCAAGCAAAAUUAAAACGUCGUUUAGCUAGAUUAGAACAAGAAUAUGAUAUGAAUUCAUCAUUUUUAGUACAAGAUAACAAUACUAAUAAUAAUAAUAACACUCCUAGAUAUAGAAAAUAUAGUGAACAAUUAACAAAUGAUAGUCAAUUACAAAUUAAUACACAAUUAGAUAAUAAUCGAAAAUCAAUUCAAACAAUAAAACAAAAACAAGGUAGUAAAUUAAAAAUUAAUCAAAAACAACAUAAUAUAUCUAAUAGCAGUUCAACAUCAUUAUAUGAUAAACGUGAAUCAUUAAGUUCAUUAGGAUCUAAUAUAACAAAUGAAACAUUACCAUCUAUACAAGAUGAUGAAUAA